CAGUGUUAGUUUGGCUUUCAUAUAUGAUUGUAAUAUUUCCCACCGGUGUGUGGAUGCCGAGAAAAAAUUAAAAAGUUCCUGGAGGACACCGAAAAAAUUUGUUGCUUCAGUACAACAACUUGCGGCACAGUUUCCUACGAGAUUUAAAGAGUGGGCAGCACAUGAUACAUACUCAGCUAAAGGAUUUAGUUCUUUGAUUUUCAUCUGAAGUCCCGAAUAAGCACCAGACAUAUUAGCAGCAUUAUCAUAAGAUUGGCCUCUACAAUUAGAUAUGUCAAUUUCCAAAUCAAUAAGUAUUUUACUGACGGUUUCUGCUAAUUCCUCUUAUGCGCACGAUUUAAUAACACGUCUGCUCGUUUGCACUUCUCAAAGGAGAGUCGUUCUCAAGGUGUGUAAUAGGCAUGGGACUCCUGUAAGUGGAAAACGUGAGGCAAUAGAAAGAGAAAGAAUAUGAGACGCCCAUCUUUAUCCUUGUCUAACGUUGCGCGCGCAUCAAGCUGAAUGGAGUUGAGUGGGGAGGUAUCGUUGAGACUACUGAGGGGGUUUUUUUUUAACCUACAAUAUGGUGUUGUAGCUAAGAAUUUAUUAAUCUUGCAUAUAAUUUUAUGCAUUUAUUCGGAUUCAGUCAGAUAAAUAAAGAAGAGGAGAAAUUAAAUUGACGCGCUGUGACACAAUCAUAAAGAAAAAUGACAAGAACGUGUAUUGUGUGUAAAAAGCAACCUAUUCCGUUUAAUAUAUCUCGAAGUUUUCACAAUUUUCCCGUUAAUGUUGAAUUAAAAAAGAAGUGGAUGGAAGCUAUUGGUGUGACGACAGUUUGUAAGUCAGCCAGUAUAUGUAGCGACCACUUCUAUGAAGAAUCAUUUCAUCAGACUGAUGGAUAUACAACUUUGAGACGUUUAAUAUCAACUGCUGUCCCUUUUAAUCGAAACACUAAUCAAUUAUCUUUACCAAUUAACAACGUAUCUACUCAAGCACUUGGUGACAUAACGAAUCAUCAAGAUAUGACAAUAAGUGACGAAAAUACAUUUUCAACAAGUACGGAUACUAAUAACGGAGACAACUUUGAAACACAUGAUAAUUUAAGUCCCAGAAACAAUAAUAAAAGAAAAUCAUUUGUUGUCGACAUUCACCCAAAAAAAAUUUGUUUUAUGGUCGGAAGUCAGCCAGAGUCUUUUUCAAGAGAGCACUUUGCUUCAGAUGAAGCUUGGGAGCGAUUUGUAAGAGUUAUGGCUUCUGAAAAAUUGAAGAAAUCUGCUUCCCAUAUGAAGUUAUUUAGGAAAGAAAAAAUAAAUAAUAAUAUAAAAGAACUAAUCAAAACCAUGAAGAAGAAACAGUUUUCUGAGGCUGCUGAAUGUUUACAGGUAAAUUUGUAAUUAUACGUUGCAGUGCAGUUUCAACAUACAUUUCAAUCAUAUUUUAGGCGAUUUUUGGUGAUUGUCUGGUAUAUGUACCAAGGUAUACCAAAGUAUACCAGAACAUUCUCAAGGUACCAGAAUAAGCUCCACCCUUACCAAUAAUAACCUUGGUACAUAUACCAGAUGAUCGCCAAAAAUCGCUUAUUAUGUAAUAGAAAAAUUCAUGUAACUUUUUACUGUAAUACUUAAAUUGUACAUACUUCUAUUUCAAUCAAUUGUAUUUUAAUGAUUAA